AUGAGUGCAACAGUGCUCCUUUUCAUUGGAGGUGCUCGCGUUGAUGGAAUCAACAGCUACAUCUGCAUCUGUGUUCCUGGGUAUUCCGGCACACGUUGUGAAAUUAGUUUUUUCCGAUUUCUUUUGGCAGUGUAUCUUUUAAAUAAUUUUUUUGAAAAAUUUUGUCUUUAUUGGCAUUUAUAUGAUUUUGUUUCCGUUUUGUGUUGUUCUCCAGAUAUCAACGAGUGCGCAAGUUCUCCUUGUUUAAAUGGCGGUGCAUGCGUUGAUCAAGUAAACAGUUAUUCUUGCACAUGCGUUCCAGGAUAUAGCGGUAUUAACUGUCAAAUUAAUAAUAACGAGUGUUCGUCAGGCCCAUGUAUGAAUGGGGGCACAUGCUUAGAUGGCGUUAAUAUGUUCUCCUGCAGUUGUCUGCCCGGCUACGCUGGAACACUUUGUGAUAUCAACAUUAAUGAAUGUGCUAGUGGUCCUUGUCUUAAUUCCGGAAAUUGUGUUGAUGGUAUCAACCAGUAUGUAUGUGUCUGUCCUGCUGGAUUUGAGGGAACCCACUGUGGAUUAAAUACCAACGAAUGUGGUAGUAAUCCGUGCAUGAACGGCAUCUGUAAUGACAAUGUGAACUCAUUCACGUGUACUUGCAAUCCGGGAUGGACUGGAACUCUCUGCGACAUCGAUAUUGAUGAAUGCGCGAGUAGUCCGUGUCAAAAUGGAGGAACUUGUGCGAAUGGUGUCAAUGGCUACUUCUGUGCCUGUACUAUCGCACGGACUGGAACUCAUUGUGAGAAUAAUGUCGACGAGUGUUUGAGUGGCCCAUGUCAAAAUGGUGGCACCUGUUCUGACCUUGUGGGACAGUUCUUUUGUCAGUGUCCACCUGGAUGGAAUGGUGUCUUCUGUGAAAACAAUAUCAAUGAAUGUGCCAGCAGUCCUUGUCAAAAUGGAGGCACCUGUACGGACAGCAUUAACAUGUACACCUGUACUUGUUUAUCUGGAUUCUCAGGAACCUUUUGUACCAUAAAUGAUAAUGAGUGUGUCUCAAAUCCGUGUCAAAAUGGCGGCACAUGUACUGAUGGAAUCAGUGGCUACUCUUGUAGCUGUGUGCUUGGAUUUUCUGGAACUUUCUGUGAAACUAUUGGUGUUGACAAUGGUGAGAUGGGAUGGUUAUGUUGA